AUGGUGCCUCUGCGCUGGUGUAUGCUGUGGCUGCUCUUACCACUCAGCUCAAGGACCCAGAAGUUGCCUACUCGAGAUGAGGAACUCUUUCAGAUGCAAAUUCGGGACAAGGCAUUUUUUCAUGAUUCGUCAGUAAUUCCAGAUGGAGCUGAAAUUAGCAGUUAUCUCUUUAGAGACACACCUAAAAGGUAUUUCUUUGUGGUUGAAGAGGACAACACUCCAUUGUCCGUCACAGUGACGCCCUGCGAUGCGCCCUUGGAGUGGAAGCUGAGCCUCCAGGAGCUGCCAGAGGAGGCAAGCGGGGAAGGUUCAGGUGAUCCAGAGCCUCUGGAUCAGCAGAAGCAGCAGAUCAUUAAUGAGGAAGGCACAGAGCUUUUCUCCUACAAAGGGAACGACGUGGAGUAUUUCAUAUCUUCUAGUUCUCCAUCUGGUUUAUAUCAGUUGGAGCUUCUUUCAACAGAGAAAGACACGCAUUUCAAAGUGUAUGCCACCACAACUCCGGAGUCUGACCAGCCCUACCCUGACCUGCCUUACGACCCGCGAGUUGAUGUCACGUCUCUGGGACGCACCACUGUUACCUUGGCUUGGAAGCCGAGCCCCACCGCCUCUGUGCUGAAGCAGCCCGUCCAGUACUGCGUGGUCAUCAGCAGAGAGCACAACUUUAAAAGUCUCUGCGCGGUGGAAGCCAGGCUGAGUGCGGACGAUGCUUUCAUGCUGGCCCCCAAGCCCGGCCUGGACUUCAGCCCUUUCGACUUUGCGCACUUCGGGUUUGCUGCGGAGAGCUCAGCGAAGGAGCGCAGCUUCCUGCCGAAGCCUUCCCCCAAGUUAGGGCGGCAGGCGCACUCGAGGCCCAGGGCGGACAUUCAGAAGGUCUGCAUAGGAAACAAGAACAUCUUCACGGUCUCGGAUCUGAAACCCGACACGCAGUACUACUUCGACGUCUUCGUGGCCAACAGCGACAGCAACAUGAGCACGGCUUACCUGGGCACCUUUGCCAGGACCAAGGAGGAAGCCAGACAGAAGACGGUGGAGCUGAAGGACGGGAAAGUCACCGACGUGUUCGUUAAGAGGAAGGGGGCCAAGUUUCUACGGUUUGCCCCAGUCUCGUCUCACCAGAAGGUCACCUUCUUCGUUCACUCUUGUCUGGACGCCGUCCAAAUCCAAGUGAGAAGAGAUGGGAAGCUCCUUUUGUCCCAGAAUGUGGAAGGCAUUCGGCAGUUUCAGCUGAGAGGCAAACCAAAAGCCAAGUAUCUCAUCCGACUGAAGGGAAACAAGAAGGGUGCAUCUAUGCUGAAAAUACUGGCUACCACCCGGCCCAGCAAGCAGUCGUUUCCCUCUCUUCCUGAGGACAGGCGCAUCAAGGCUUUCGACAAGCUCCGCACCUGUACUUCAGUCACAGUGGCUUGGCUAGGCACCCAGGAAAGGAACAAGUUUUGCAUCUACAAAAAGGAAGUGGAUGAUAAUUACAAUGAAGACCAGAAGAAAAGAGAGCAAAACCAAUGCCUGGGCCCGGAUACGAGGAAGAAAUCAGAGAAGGUCCUCUGUAAAUAUUUCCACAGUCAGAACCUGCAAAAAGCCGUGACCACAGAAACAAUUAAAGGCCUUCAGCCUGGAAAAUCUUACCUGCUGGAUGUUUAUGUCACAGGACAUGGAGGGCACUCGGUGAAGUAUCAGAGUAAAGUCGUGAAAACCAGAAAGUUCUGUUAG